GAUGGCAGGAAUUUAGCAGGAGGGACACGAAGCAUAUUGAGAAUAAAGGACUCGUUUUUGGCGCUUGUUAAGACAGUGUGUUGAUUUCAAAAUCUACAUAAAGCCCGUCGCUUGUCACUCAUAGGAAAAGAAUGGAAAACAUAGAUGUAUUCAUCAUGGAUCCAACCUUUAUUGAUCCUCACGUGUAUGACCUGUGGUUGCAGGGAUUCUCUGAAAAUGUAGCAGCUCAGAGGAGGGAAUGUGAUGACAAAUUCAAGAAUUAUGGUGCCUCUCAUGCGAUCAUCACCAGCGACACUCAGGAUCAAUUUCGAUUGUUUUACAUGCUGGAACGUUUUCUUCAAUCGCCUCCAAUGCUUGCCACACAAAUGUUGUUGCAAAUAUCCCCUGAUGUUCAAGAUAUAUUAAUUGAAAGAUAUUAUCAGUUUGACAAGGAGGUGGUGAGAGAACUUUUGGGGAAAAAGCUUACUGGACGUGCACGGAAAGAUUUGGAUGAUGUCAGUGAAAAGACAAAUAUUCCCCUCAAAAGUUGUCGCCGACAGUUUGACAAUGUCAAGAAUGUUCUCAGGACAAUAGAAGAGACUGAAGGAGGUGGGCUUCCAGAUACUGUAAAGAAGUUGUUUCUUCUUUCAGAUUCAUUGGCAAGGCAAUAUGCAUGCAUCUGCUUCAUGGCCAUCAACAAAAUUGAAACAGGAAAGAAAAGGCUUUCCUACCUUUCAUUUGAUGACCUUGCAUUCUGUGCAGAGCAGAUGUUAGAUCACUGGACAGUGGGAUCAGUAGAAGGCUCCAUUGCUGAUGUUGGAGAUACUGGUGCUGAGUUUGACAGAGGGUUUCUACAAGAGCUGAGAGAUCUGAAGGUGUUUGUGAAUGACAGAGAGAUUGUGGACGAGCACAAAAGCUUGGUUUGCAAUGAUAUAGCUAAGCGGUUCACUAAAAAGUUGGCCAAAUCUGUGGAGAGCAACUUCAAGAGUCUUUGUCGAGGUCUCCUAAAUAUUGCCGCCGGUCUCAUACACAGUAAAGAAGUCAAGGAUGUUUUAAGUGACUUUGUAGAAAAGUUUAUCGAAUCGUGCAAGCAGCAAGAGUGGGUUGCGAAUGAGACGGACAUUUUUCUCGGUUCUUUGGUGGAUACCUGCGGCAGAUUGGAAUCUUUGCACAGAAUUAGUCUGGAACGCUUGAUCCCAGUGUAUUCACGUUACAUGACCGUCUGCCAAAAGUGCAUCGUGAGAAUGUACCAUGACUGAAUGAAAAAUUUAAUGUCUCAGAAUGUUGCAAGGUAGAAGACGUGCAGCUCCUUCCUUCAGCUCAAGGGAACCCGAUAUGCAAACAUCUAAAAACGAGAAAUGAGUUUCCCAUGAAAAGAAGCACAACAGCUGCUCUGAAAAGGGAGAUAUGUUUUGGUGGAUAAAAGUCGAUUCUCUGUCGCAAAUUCAGCUAUUGCCGCCGACGAGAACACUUUGGGAUUUUGCCCGAAAGAGGCAGCUAUGAAGAGAUCAGCGUAGCAUCUGAUUGACUGGUUCUUUAAAAUUCCUGAGUAAGUCGCAGCCAAUCAGAGAACUGCCUAGAAAGAAGGUGCGGUGCCGAGUUCGAAUUCGAGGGUUCAGUUUUUAUUUACGAUUACCAGCCGCUGAUCGAUGAAUGAGCCGACGGUCCUCCCUUGAAGAGGAGAGAUUCUUUCGAGAGGAUUGAAGAACGGCGGAGAUAGAGCUUAAUCAAUUUUUUGUAUUAAAGUUUCUGGAAAAAUCAUAAUUUUGACAACAAACAACAUUGAGUUAACUUUAGACCAACCCAUGAACAUUUGACGAUUAAAAUUAAGGUAGUAUUGACUAUUGCAGGGCUCGACACUAACUUUUCAACUUACUAUUCAAGUGGCUAGUGACAUCUUAGAUGUUUUUACAUGGUACGACAAUUUCAGUUUGUUUACUUGCAGUUUGUUUAUCAUUGGGCUUGCUAUAGAAAGCUAAGAAAUAGGGUUAAUUGCGAAGUCAAGGCAGCAAAAUCCAGGUAUUAUUGUGACUUGAUUCUACUGAGAGGCAAAGGGGGAUUCAGGGAAGAUCUGGAAGGCGGUGAAUGAGGUGUCUUCUCGCGAGACUAAAUCCUCGAGCCCACAAUGUAUCGUAGCUGAUGGUGUUGAACACACCACUCCAGCCUCUAUUGCAUCCGUGCUCAAAUAUUAUUUCGCUUUCAUUAGCAGAAGUCUUGCAAUUAAAAUAUCAGAUGCUGUUAUGUUCCCAGUCAGAUCGGCCACGAAAUUACAGUAUUUCUCGCUUUACGAAGUUGACGAGGAAACAGUACUCAAGCAUCUGCUUUGUCUGAAGACAAAUAAAGCUAUUGGCUGGGACAGCAUCAGUGCGAGACUCUUAAAGUGUGGCGCGCGUGUUAUUUGUCCCUCGAUCACCAAGUUACUGAAUCUCUCUAUUCGCACUGGCAAUUUUCCUGAAAUAUUGAAAUGCUCGAAAGUGGCUGCACUGGAGAUAGGACAGAUGCGUGAAAUUAUCGCCCAAUUUCUAUUCUGCCAACGAUGAGUAAAAUACUGGAAAUAGUCGUCCACUUCCAAUGCUAUGACUUUCUAAAUUCAAAUAACCUCAUUUCAAAGUCACUAGUGGAAAUUGAAAACCACUAGCCAAAACUGAAUUUCUACUAGUCUGUGGCUACUGGGCUACCGUUAGUGUCGAGCCCUGGUAUUGUAAAAAGUUUCAAAUUAGAGUCAAUCAGAGGCACAAAACCUUACUAUGCCACAUUGUAUAUACCGGUGGCGGAUCUAGGGAAGGGAUACGGGGGGGCCCGCCCCCCUCCCUUAUUUUGGGUAAAAAAAUUAAACGCAGAGGGAAGAAAAGCCGGCAGGAAAACACACUCAAACAAAAACGUCUCCCUUCUUAGCUCAAGGUCUAGAUCCGCUACUGUAUACCUCGGACUCAAACUUAUAUUUUAACACCUCUGGUCUGUGUUCGAGAAAACUAUCAACUGCAGCAAUUCUCCAUUAAACCGGACAGCGCAUCUAGGAUAUUAGACAUUUAAUUUUAUCUUUGGGAACUGGGAACCCCAUCGAAUACUAAGCUGAAAGAUUUUAGACUGCGCCUGAGAAAUAAAAGU